GGAAUAUCCAGGCAGCUAUGUGCCUCCAAUUUGCCACAUAAAGGGAGAGUGUCGACGGGGUUGGUAAAUAGAAUGUCACUUUUCACUUCCUCGCUCCUCUGUCAAGCCCCAGCUCUCGGGUCCCAGGAAAACUUGCACAAUGAAGAUCACUCCGCAGAUCGCUGCCCUAGUGGGCCUGAGCCUGUAUGCCUCGCCCGGAGCCGCGUAUCUUACGGAUCCGCCGACAACGGCUGCUUCCGACACAGUCUCGGACUGUUCGUGGUGGACCGUGGCAGCGUCCUCGGACACCUGCUCUGCCAUUGCCGCGGACUGGGGCAUUAGUGUUAAUGACUUCGAAGUCGUCUAUAACCCGUCUGUCGGCUCGGCUUGCAAGCUCACAGAGGGUCAGUCAUACUGCGUGGAGCGGAACUCUGGCGUUCCUACGGAGACGACCACUACAACCACCACCAGUGCUAGUCCAACGUCAACCGGCAACGGCAUCACCACGCCAACACCCACUCAACCGGGGUUGACAGACAAGUGCAACAAGUUCUACCUAGUAAAAACCGGCGAGGGGUGCGCCGACAUAGCGUCCAAAAAUGGCAUCUCCCUGGAGGAUUUCUAUGCCUGGAACACUGGGGUUGGAGCCAACUGCGAGACCCUCUGGGCAAACACCAACUACUGCGUUGGUAUCAUCGGUGGAACCACCACCCCCCCAACCACAACGCCUACGACUACAGGCAACGGCAUCACCACGCCGACACCCACCCAGCCCGGAUUGAUAAGCAGCUGCAACAAGUUCUACCUCGUAAAGUCUGGCGAGGGGUGCGCUGAUAUAGCGUCCAAGAAUGGAAUCUCUUUGGACGACUUCUACGCCUGGAAUACCGGGGUUGGCAAAAACUGUGAGGCUCUCUGGGCGAACACCAACUACUGUGUUGGCAUCAUCGGCGGAACAACCACCACACCCGCAAAGCCUACCACUACCGGCAACGGUAUCGCUACGCCGACACCCACCCAGCCCGGUUUGACGAGUAACUGCAACAAAUUCUACCUCGUGAAGACCGGCGAAGGCUGCGCCGACAUAGCAUCGAAGAACGGCAUCUCCCUGGCCGACUUUUACAAGUGGAAUACCGGGGUCGGGUCCAACUGUGAGACGCUGUGGGCCAACACCAACUACUGCGUCGGGAUAAUCGGGGGCACAACCACCACCACCACUAAGACCACAACCACAACCACCAAGACAGGCAACGGCAUCGCCACGCCGACGCCGACCCAGCCGGGCAUGACGCCGAACUGUGACAAGUUCUACUUCGUCAAUCCGGGCGAUGGGUGCGCCGAUAUUGCAAAGAAGAACAACAUCUCCCUGGAUAACUUCUACAAGUGGAACACGGGGGCAGGAACCGAUUGCUCGACCAUGUGGGCAAGUGCGUAUGUCUGUGUGCAUGCGUUUGCGUAAUCCUAAUCGUUAUCUCGAUUUGGGGCGUUCAAUUAGGAUGCCAGGUCGGGGAGAAAUGCUUCAUGUAUAUAGCUUAGUUAUUAUUUGCCGUAGCGAGAGUUUCAGGGUCUACGCUGGCAAUAAUCAUAUGAUGGUUAUCGUACCGAC